CGUCCUUUGCCUACAAUAAUUUCCUACACCCCUUCUUUCUCCUUCUCACUAUCUUUCUAUAUCAUUAUAUCAGAAAAAAUCCAAAGUGGUAGCAGAUAACCAACCAUAGUUUAAAAAUAAUGGGAAAUGCAUUGAGGCUUCUGUAUGGCCAAUGCUGUGGCGAGCCACCAACAACCACCACUGCACACGGCGGCGCUGGUGAUCAACCACUUGGCCACCACGGUGUUUCUUCAUCCAGCGUCGGUGUCUCCGCCCUUGCCCAACACCUCUAUCACUUCGAAAUCACCUCCCAGGUUCCUGAAGGCCUGAGUAAGCAUGUGAGUUCAUCCAAAAAAGCUCAGUCCAAUUGGUAUAAGAAACUAUCGAAGGCAUGGAGGGAAUCAAAACCUCCACCAAAGACACCUGAAGAGGCUUCCAGGCUUGUAAUUCGUAUCCUACACACACGCCAAAUAGCUGAUAUUCAGGGCUUAUUAUCAUUCUACGGUCUCCCACUUCCUCAUUCGCUAGAUGAACUGACCGGAGGUGAUGCUCCAUCGGCUGUCGACGGUCUCAAAUUCGUGUUACACACACUUCCCGUGGAUCCAAGGGCGGUAGCAGAUGGAGACGGUGCAACAGUCACGUGCCCAGAGGACUACACCAAAGCAGAUAAAUUGCUCAAGCAAAUCAAAGAUGCGGGAUAUGGGGUGCUACAUAUAAAUAACGAGGAAAUUUUAGCACGAAAGUAUCGGAUUAGACUAAGGGGAAUAGAUGCACCUGAAAAUGAAAUGCCUUAUGGGAAAGAAGCGAAGGAUGAAUUGGUGAAGAUAAUUGAUGGGAAGUGUUUGAAAAUUUUGAUCUUUGAUGAAGAUCGUUAUGGGCGUUUUGUUGGGGAUAUGUAUUGUAAUGGCAUAUUUGUACAGAAAUUAAUGUUGAAGAAAGGACUUGCAUGGCAUUACACUGCUUAUGAUAAACGACCGGAAUUAGCGAAGUGGGAGAAAAGUGCGAGAGCUAAGAGAAUUGGGUUGUGGGCUUCAUCAAAUCCUGAAAUGCCAUGGGAAUGGAGGAAGAAUCGCCGUGAAAAUAGAUAGUUUGGAAAGAAUGGAAUGGCGAUAAUAUGGAAUGAAUUGUUACAUUCCAUAAUCGUGUUUGAUUGGGUGUAUGAAUGAAACGAAUUUUCUUAUGUAUUUUUUGUAUUGUAUGUAAAUACAAGGUGUGGUUCCAAAAUAGAGUUGUCUUAUGCUCGAAUCUUACACUUGUUAAUAUUGGGGGC